GUCUUAAUUGGAAAAAUGCGAUUUCUUAUUUGUUGUUCAAAUCUAAGGCGUUCAAAAAGAGAAGAACGUUAUUAUGCUAAAGAAGAAGUACCAAAAUAUUCUUGGCAAGAUUUUUCGAAAAAAUUUUGCUUAUCAGAUCAUUAUUUUAAUUUCCUUGAUUUUUUAAUUCUACAGGAUCGAGAAGGACCUCCUGAUGCAAAUAAAUAUCAAUUUACGGGGUUACACGGUGAAAUUGUCGCUAAAUUAGAUGGUCAUAUAUCUGGUCAACAGUUUGUUAUCGAUGGAUUGCUCCCAUUUACGAACACUAAAAUAUGUUUUCAGGACUGCUGCAUAUUAAUAUUAGAUUAUACGGCUGCUGUUGUGAUUGAUGAUUGCGAGCAUUGUCUUAUAGUAUUAGGUCCAUGUAAAGGAAGCGUCUUCGUAAGAAAUUCCUCAAAAUGUUCGAUUUUUUCGGCGUGUCAACAGUUCCGUACGAGAGAUUCUAUCAACAUGGAUAUUUUUUUGUUCUGUACCACUAAACCAAUCAUCGAAUCGAGUAAAGCAAUGCGUUUUCAUCCACUUUUUCUUUCAUAUGAACAAUUACAAGAACAUAUGCUCAAAGCAUCGUUAAGUCCUUUCACAAAUAACUGGGAUAAGGUUCAUGAUUUUACACCGAAUACUGGUGAAAAUUUCGAAAUUUGCUCAAUAGAUUAUGGAAAUAUUGAACAAAUGAAUUUGGUGGAAAAUUUGGAAAAAGUAAAAUUUACAAAGGAGCUUUCACUGUUUCCUGAAUAUGUUAAUUGUAAGGAAUUUAUAGAAAAGCCAUUGCUAAUAUUAUGCAAGCAACGAUCAAACGAAUCAUUAGAAUCAUUAUUCCAUCGAUCGCUUAAUUUAAUCCGUCGUUUGGUUUCUAAUGGCGUGAAAAUUGUUAGUCGACUAAUUGCUAUUGAGGUUGGCUGUAAUCGAAUUUCAAUUAUAUCAUCAUUGAGUUCAGAGGAUAAUAUUGAAAUAAUUGAUGAAGGUGAUUAUGAGUGCUAUAUAUCGAAUUUGCAUCGAUUAGCGGAAAUCGAAAUGGCUCGCUAA